GGGCAUCAAUCAAUUGCCGUCACCGAGCGAAGAUGCAACUCAAUCUUGGAGCGAUUUUUCUGACCCUGCUGGGACUGAUGGCCACCGCCCCAGCGGUCCUCUCGGAGCCCCAUCGUCACCAGGGACCCAUUUUCGACACGAGGCCGUCGCCCUUCAAUCCCAACCAGCCCAGGCCGUCCCCCGUACUUUACUGAAGAGUUCGAUGGCAGAUGGAAACCCGGGCGGCUGAUUUAGUUAACACGUUGAGUAAAUUAAUAAAAUUAAAGCAUAACUGAA